UCAAUUCUCAAAUCUGACGCUAAGCAAAUUCUCGCGCAACACGCUCAAUCCCUCACGCACCCUCCGCUCAAGAAUGCCCUGCCUCUCCUCCUCCUCCGCCGCCGCCGCCGCCGCACCGUUCCAGCCGGCAGAUCCGGCGUCGCGAGGCGCCAUGGCGUGGCAGCAGCUGAGCUCCCGCACGCGGGAGUUCGACCACUUUGUCGUGAUCGACUUUGAGGCGACCUGCGAAAGGAAUUCCAAGAUCUACCCGCAGGAAAUCAUCGAAUUUCCCGCGGUCCUCGUCGACGCCGCCACCGGCGGCCUCGUCGCCUCCUUCCGCACCUACGUGAAGCCGCGCCACCACCCGCGCCUGACCGCGUUCUGCUCCGAGCUGACGGGGAUCCAGCAGGAGCAGGUCGACGGCGGCGUAGAUCUCGCGACGGCGCUGGCCAUGCACGACGCGUGGCUGGCGGCGGCGGGCGCAUCCAAGAACCGCCUCGCCGUCGUCACCUGGGGUGAUUGGGAUUGCCGUACAAUGCUGGAGUCAGAAUGCAACUUCAAGGGACUUACAAAGCCUGCUUAUUUCGACAGAUGGAUCAACCUUCGCAUCCCCUUCGAGGCCGCGUUCGGUGCUGGGCGGCGCAACCUUCAGGAGGCAGUCAGGGAGGCGGGUCUGCAGUGGAGCGGCCGCCUCCACUGUGGGCUCGACGAUGCGCUCAAUACGGCCUGCCUCCUCGCCGAGCUGAUGCGGCGGGGAGUUCCCAUCUCCAUUACCGGCUCGCUGGUGCCGCCGCCACCGGAGCAGAAGCCUGAGGUGCAACUUCAGCAACAACUCUUGCCGGCGAAUCACAACUUCCGCUGGUGCGUCGGUGGCGCUGCUGCUACUGACUGCUGCUGCUACUGCUACUGCGGCGUGGCCGUCAGAGCCGACGUGGUGACGACGCCGGGCCCUAUGCAAGGACGCUGCUUCUUCAGCUGCGGGAACUGGACGCCGCUGGGGCCGAUGUGCCCGAUCUUUCUCUGGGCGGCUUGAUUGCCAGCCGUCCAGACUCCAACGCAUCGUCGUCAAUAUGAUCAGCCAGCUAAUCACUUCUACUGAAUUCGUAGAGUGCAUGUUUACUAUGCUUACUUAGUGUUCAGGAAAUAUUGCCACCCAAGGCUUAUGUCACAAUCUUUUUCCUACAGAUAAGUUUCUUUCCUUUAUUUUUCUAUCUGCACUCAUGUAGCCUAUUUUUUUUUUGUUUUACUAAGUUACCUGGUCUAAAUACUAUCAUCUCUUCUGCAGGAGACUUGAUGGUACUCGUAGGCAGCAGAAAUGGAGACGUGUACAUCAUCACUUUGGCAUCAGACAUGAUGGCCAAUUGUCAUACCAACAAAAGGCUUCGGCAGCAGAAAAGGAGACAUGAUUAAGCUGGUGUCAUGUGGUCUUCGGCAAGGGGUUCCUCUCCCCCCAGUGCUGUUCAUUCUAGUAAUGGAAGUGCUGAAUUCUCUGAUCAAGUUUGCUAUCCAACAGCAACUUCUGCAGCCACUUGUGGUUCAGCAUGUCACACACCGGUCCUCUUUCUACGCAGAUGAUGCCAGGGUCUUUCGGCGCCCCAACAGCAACGAUCUCCAGGUCAUGAAAUUCUUACUCGAAUUUUUUGGGUAUGCCCCGGUCGUCCACACCAAACUGUCCAAAAGCUCACUUCUCCAAUUCACUGCUCCGAGGAGGACUUGCAGCCCACCAUUAGGAAACCCAGCAAAGAAGUUUUCCUACCUCUCAUCGACAAAGUUGCAGAUCAUCUGCCAGGGUGGAAGGCUUGCCUCAUGAAUAGGACUGCUCGAUUGGUGUUGACUCGUGUGGUCAUGACAGCUACUUCCACUUAUACGAUGAUUGCCAUGGAUCUUCCGAGGUGGGUAGAUAAAGCAAUAGACAAGAAACGCUGGGGUUUAAUCUUGAAGGGACAGGAAAAAGCUAAUGGCGGCAACUUUCUUAUCUCCUGGCCUCCUGGGAAAAGGUUCAGCGGCUUCUUGAAUAUGGUGUGCUGGGUAUUCUUAAUCUAGAAGUUUUGGGUGGGCCCUACGGAUCUGAUGGUUCUGGGCACAUAAAAACUGAUCCAACAGACCUUGGGCUGGUCUCCCAAUCCAGGUACCGGCGAAAGCAAAGGCUCUGUUCGAUAUGGCAGUUGAUUCAGUGGUCAGCAACAGAGAGUCCUCCCUCUUCUGGACAGAACGGUGGCUAAAUGGAAGUACACUGGCUGACUUGCCCCCUGAUUUAUUAGGAGCCAUACCAAAAAGGGUGAUUAAGUCAAGGACAGUAGCACAAGCACUGCAGAACAGCGGGUGGGUUCAUGAUAUCAGAGGAGCUUUAUUAGUUCAGGUCUUGUUGGAGUAUCUCCAUGUAUUAUCGGACCGAGUGGAUGGAGUAGGCAUUCCUGAUCAGUUUCGGUGGAAAUUAAGUCAAUCAGGAUCUUAUAGCAUCAAAUCAGCUUAUGCAGCCUGCUUUGUCGGUUCCAUCAGAUUUGCUUCCUGGAGGCGUAUCUGGAAGAGCUGGGCUCCAUUGCGUUGCAAAUUCUUCCUUUGGCUAGCCAAUAAACAGCGUAUUUGGACAGCUGACCGGCUCGCCAAGCAGGGUCUGCCUCAUCAAGCUGCUUGCCCGCUUUGUGACCAGGAACAAGAAACAGCCCAGCACCUCUUUCUCACAUGUGUGUUCACCCAGCAAUGCUGGUCAAUGAUCUCUCAACACCUGAACCUGGGCAUCACCGGGCCUGCCACCUCCACAACCAGUUUGUCUUCGUGGUGGUGCACUACUAUUAAAUCAGUACCUAAAGAUUGCCGCAAGGGCCUAAACUCUCUCAUCAUCAUGGUCACGUGGGAAAUCUGGACUUCUGGAAGCACGGCAAUGCUUGUGUGUUUGAGGGAGCUCAUCCGAAUGUUCAGAUGCUUCUGCAGACUGUGUCUAGUGUGUUCCUUGGUGCUUGGCAGAAGCAUCCAAGCUCAAAGAGCUCCUUGAUAGGUCGCUGCCCCCGGCCCUUAGGUCUUGGUGGGUGUUGGUCAUGGGUUGUUUUUUGUAAGAGACAUCUAGUGGCGAAUGUUGUAUCGAGUAUGGGGUUUGUCUAACCCCUUACUCUUUCCUUUCUUCUACCAUAAAUGAAAUGACCUGCAGUUCUCCUGCGCCGUUCGAGAAAAAAAACUCAACGAUUAGUUGGGAGCUUUUGCUUGGCUUAUAAAUAUGAUAGCCGUGUAAUUGCAAGAUCAAGUAAUGAAAUCAAUCUAGUUUCCCUUAUCCCUUCUCUUGUGUAAAUGUGUAAAUGAGAUGAUACUGUCAAAGCCAAUUUGAUUUGGCUGCAAGUAUAUUAGAUGAUA